AUGGAUGAACACCCCUUCAAUAUACUUCGUGAGUUAAAUAUACAGUCUUUUGACCGAUUCGAGAAUGUUGAUAUGGGAACAAAGAUUGAUGAUGAAGAACAGUCGAAGGAGACAUUGCGUUACAUAGACCAGUCCGAGUUUUCCGGACAAGUUUCGUCGAAAUUUCGUGAAGAUGACCAGACCCUCAACGAGGCAUCGAACCAACCCUUAUGCGCAGGCCGCAUAAAGGAAGCGCACAAUAAGGGUCCUGACGGUAUGGAAUCUGACGAAUCAGGGGCUAGAGAUCUGCCUCGCGUUAAAGACAUGGCAAUUAGGGUCUACUCGGAAAACGAGCGGUCGAAUUUCGACGAAGACACUGGCGAGAGAAUGUACGACGACUGGCGUUACAGGCCAAUUUAUCGAGGAGAUUUGCAAUCUUAUCGUGGAACAAAGCCCUUGGAAAUACCGAGCGUGGCGAAACGCCGGUACUCGACAUCGACAGAUUACAAAGAUGCAAGUUUAACGGGCCGUAACGACGAAAAUGGAAACUACAAACGUGUUUUCGCUGAUAUGCAGGACGAAUACAUACCGGACUUUAGUUUCUCAGAUGCUGUUUCCAAAUGGCUGGUGGACGACAUUGCUAUGGGGCAAACGGAGGCUCCGUGGAGUAAUGACGACGAAGAAGACAUGAGAAAUGCUUCUUCUUCGUCAUCUGCGUCUCUGCAGAUCAAUACAAGCCAUUCAAGGGUCAUGCCUAUCCCCCUCCCUGAAGGGAGGUCGUCGCUUUACCAAUGGGAUGCAGGAUCUCAGGGAAGCCAGCCCUAUUCCACAGGGAUUAGACCUACAGCCAUAUCUUUUGAGAAGGCAGACAAAAUACCCUGGGCUUUGGAAACUUCACGACCAUCGGCCAGGCAGCUAAAGAGGCAGAAAUCCGAUAUUCCCCCAUCUCCUUGCACUGUGACACCAUUAAGUCCAACGUCAAUCCCAAACCUUAACCUAACCUCAGGUGAAUUAAGGACAAUUAGCUCCAAGCUUCCUGAAGACUUUAUGAGUUUGCCCUAUUCUCAGCGAAAAAAAAUGAUCAUGAGCAUAUUUCCGGACAAAGAUUACAAGAGCGUUAUGUUGCAACUGAAAAAAACCUCCUUUCCCUCUGCUGAAAGUAGUUCGCGCCUUUUCCAGAGCAGACCGCGACGUGAGUCAGUGGCUUCCCAAUUUUUGAGCUCGUUUACGCCGUCUUCAUCUGCAAAAUAUACCCGUCGAAAGAAUGAUAUCAUGGGAUAUAAGUUGGGCAAGAUUCUUGGGUUCGGCGCAUGGGGAAUGGUUCGCGAGUGCUGUCGUGACAGUAGUCUCGAAGAUGGAGAUCAAAGUCUUGGCGAUCAAAGUACUUCUGAUGUGAAUCAUAUGGAAUCAGGUUCCAUCAAGGCAAUGAAGAUAGUCAAAUUUCGGGAGAAUAAUUCUGUUAAAAGCCAGGUUCUCAGGGAGGUCGAAAUAUGGGCAAGUAUCAAGCACCAUAACAUUUUGCCUUUAAUCAGCUGGAAGCUCGAGGAAGAUUAUGCAAUCUAUUGCCUCACAGAAAAAAUUAGCGGUGGGACGCUUUACGACCUGGUGAUGUCUUGGAGCGAAUUCAAAGACUCAAAAAUCAAUCUCAAAGAAAGACGUGACAUAAGUGCGGCUCUAUGCUUGCAAGCUGUAUGUGCUCUUAAGUACAUGCAUUCAAAAAGCAUUGUGCAUGGCGACGUAAAGUUAGAAAAUUGCUUACUGGAAAAAAGGCGAGACACGGGCAAAAGAGGCUGGCAUCUGUUACUGUGUGAUUUUGGGAUGAGUCGGCAUUUUCAUGUCCCAGCACCGAAGAUAUUGGAUAGGACAACUGAUUCUUUGACCAAGAGAGACAUUCACCGAAUAGACAAAAAGAAAAGGAAAAAGUACAAGAUUCCAAAAGCCGUCUCGCAUACCGGAUUGGGCUCUUUAUCUUUUAAUGAGAUGGAGUUACACGAAAGAACUAACAGAGAUGGUACCGCGCCUUUAGGUGUGAGCUCAUUUCCCAAACCAUACGGCCCAGGAAUGACUAGUGCUUUUAUGUUGAGAAAUUGCCUUUCAUCAAAUGAGUUGAGCUUUUCCUCACAGGCAGAAACUAUCCAUGCAAUAUCCGCAGAUGGUAGUCAGGAUACGCAGAAAAGAAGAAUCGAAGUCGGAUGUCGCAGAAUACAGGCGGAUCCACAUACGCACAUCGGGUCGCUUCCAUACGCUGCUCCUGAACUUUUGGAGCCAGGAAGACCAUACCUUACACCUUCUGCUGACACAUGGGCUUUGGGAGUGACACUUUAUACAAUGCUUACUGGUAAGCUGCCCUUUAAGCACGAUUACGAGCCCAGGCUUCGUGCAAUGAUCACGUCUGCCAAAUAUGAUGAAGAGCUUUUACGCAGUGCGUGCUUUGAUGACAUUGAAGAUGGUCAAACGGGGCAAGUUAAAAAAUCACAACUACUUAUGGAUACGGUUGUGGGCUGUUUGCAAAAAGAUUUCAAACAGCGUCACUCUCUGGACACCGUAGAAGAAUUUCUUCGAAGGUAUUUGUCUUUGUCAUCGCCAGGCAUCUAG